UCACACUAAUACUGAGAAAGUGACGUUUGUCCCACCCACUUGAAAUGAUCUUAUAUCACAACUGUGGGGUAUAACAACAAUUCACAUCAACUGUUGAGACCACAGCUGCAACUUGACAACAGUCUUUUGACUAUCAGUCUGUCAGAAGGAUGAAGUUUGUUAUGAUCUUUCUGGUGCUGUCGCUGGUCGUCCUCAUGGCCGAACCCGGGGAGUGUUUUUUUAGACACUUAAAAUAUAUCUGGAGAGGGGCGAAGGCUAUAUUCAGGGGUGCCAGGCAGGGAUGGAGAGAACACAGAGCCUUGUCUAAGCAGCGCAAGAUGGAUCAAGGGGGUGGAGGAAACGAAGUGGACAAUGGAACUCCGCCAUACUGGCAGAAAUGAAUCUGUUCAAUCAAAGGGAAGAUCUGAGCCACAGCGUUCUGCUUUGCAAAGCAAGAAACAAAAACAUGAGUUAACAAACCUGUUGUGGAGUUUGUAUAAACUACUUCAGAUGUAGUUAUUUUUGGCACAGCUACAAUUUGGUUUUAAACAUUUAAAAUUGCUAAAUAUUGCAAGCUGCCCUGCUGAAUAAAGUUGUGUAAAAGGCCA